UGGUCUGCCUGUGACUCUUUAGCUACAAUACUCUACAUAGCACCAGCUGCAACCAAGCAAAAACAUUCCGUUCUACAGCAACCUCUCGCACAAUGGAUGUCCAGAACUUUACUUCGACGAACCGUAACUUCCCCAAGAAGAAGUGCGGUGUGCUAGGCGCAACGGGCUCGGUCGGCCAGCGCUUCAUCCUCCUCCUCGCGCUGCACCCGCACUUCACGCUGCACGCAGUGGGAGCCUCUGAGCGCUCAGCCGGCAAGAAGUACAAGGAUGCAGUGAAGUGGAAGCAAGCGCUGCCGAUGUCGAAGGAGCUAGGCGAGCUGGUGGUGAAGCGGUGCGUGCCGGAGGAGUUCGCCGAGUGCGACCUCGUCUUCUCGGGGCUGGACAGCGACGUUGCUGGCGAAACGGAGAUGGCCUUCCUCAAGGCCAACCUCGCCGUCUUCUCCAACGCCAAGAACUACCGGCGCGACCCGCUGGUGCCGCUCGUGGUGCCGACAGUCAACAUCCCGCACCUGGACGUGCUGAAAGCGCAGCGCGCGCAUUACCAGCUGGAGAAGGGCUUCCUCGUGUGCAACUCGAACUGCGCCGUCAUCGGCAUCGUGAUCCCGUUCGCGGCGCUGCAAGCCAAGUUCGGCCCCGUCGAGUACGUCAGCGUCGUCACGAUGCAAGCCGUGUCCGGCGGCGGGUACCCGGGCGUCAGCAGCAUGGACAUCAUCGACAACGUUGUCCCCUUCAUCUCGGGCGAAGAGGACAAGCUCGAAACCGAGGCGCAGAAGAUCCUCGGGUCUGUCAACGAGGACGUCUCUGGCUUUGUCGACCAGACCCUCAAGGUCUCCGCUGCCUGCAACCGCGUCCCGGUUAUCGAUGGCCAUACCGCCUGCGUCUCGCUGCGCUUCAAGAACCGCCCGGCCCCUAGCGCGGAAGACGUCAAGACCGCGUUCAGGGAGUACGUGUCUGAGGCGCAGAAGCUGGGCUGCCCCUCCGCGCCCGAGAAGGCCAUUGUGGUCAUGGACGAGCCGGAUCGUCCGCAGCCGCGCCUUGAUCGCGAGACGGAUCGCGGGUAUGCUGUUAGUGUAGGCCGGGUGCGGGAGGACGAGAGCGGCUUGUUCGAUAUCAAGUUUGUCGCGCUGAGCCAUAACACUGUUAUUGGUGCUGCUGGCUCGUCCAUCUUGAACGCGGAGGCGGCGGUGCUUAAGGGCUUUGCUUAGGCGUCUGGUCUAGGUGACGGGUGUGGGGAUGUGGGAUAUGGGGUGUGGAAAAAUGGCCGUCGGGGCCGCGUGUGGAGUAUAGUUAUUAUUCGUUCAAUGAGAUACCUGAUUCUUACGUCUAUUUUCGGACUCCCGCGUCUGGUGUUGGGGGAAGUGUCGUUGUUGCGUUUGUUGUUGGUUUUUACUGUUCUGGGGGUUGAUACUCGGCACGUUGUGCGUCUCUCUCUCUGCCUGUCUACUUCAGACAACCAAAUCAACGCUUAUAGAAGAAAAGAAAAUUGAUUGAUU